UUCCGACCUCAUUGGCUGACUGGCCACCAAGCAGCUGCCUGAUUCGCCGGAAGAAAACGCCGGCGCAUCCAAUGAGAUGACGUGCGUUUUACAAAGUCUGAAGCGGCGUGUGGCAGUGAUGGGAUCUCUUCGUUUGGUAUAGAGACUAAAGAAAAGAUAAAGUUGUAUUAUUUUAACUGUAAUUAGUGACACUUCGGACUGAAGUUGCCAUAGGGUCUCGAUUCAGCGGAGCCAGGAACGGAACAUUCAGAGUGUGCUUUAUGUUUGCCUGUAAGAUUCUGCAUCAGUUUGGUAGGCUGGGGUGUCAGUUUGACUCGGCAUGGCGUGUGUGGAUGCUCACAGUCGAAACGUGUUAAAGAAAGCCCCACUUAUCGACACACGGAAUGUGCCAUGCGGUACACCUAGUAAAGCUGCUUCAAAACCAGCCUCCUCCAGGAAUGGUGGUGAGAACCGGGACCCUCUUGCUCAUGCCAGUGGUUUGGGGGCCACAGUGCCAAACAAGUGCUCAGGAGUCAGUAGGAUACCGGUGCCCGUUAAAUCCCAGCGCUUAAAAACUCUGACUGAUGCCACCCAGGUACAGAGGAAGCAACAGGAGACCACAAAGAGCAAACCUCAGAAGAAGUCCUGCACCAAGCCAGUGCCCUUCAAGCUGUCCCAGCCCCGCACUUCCAAGUCUGCUGCCACAGGGCAGAGGAAGGCCCCGGUGGGCCAGAACCCUGUAGCACCACAGCCAGGACCUGGUGCUGGCGGCCGGACUGCCAAGGCCCCUAACGUGGCUCCCUCUGUCAGUACCACUGUUAGCUCUGGCGGGUCUUCUAAACUAGGUACACCGGGAACCGUGGAGUCCAGGAGUCUGCCGGACCAGACAUCACCCCCUGACGGCACGGUGUCCCAGGCCCUGCCCUUGCCAUCACACAGCAAGGCCAGCAGUCGAACCUCCCCCCCACUUCCAUGCACACUACACCCCAGGACCCAGUUUGGCCCUCCCUGCCAGGGUACAGCAGACAGUUCAAACUCGGCUGUUCAAAAGUUGCUUAUCCCUCUGGUGGAACAAACUUUGCCGCCAUCUGGCUGUUCAAAGCCCCCCGACAAUCAGGCAGCCCCCCCUGAAGCAGGUGGCACAGCUGAUGGCUCAGGAGGAUCCCUGACAAGUUUGCAGGAUUCUACGACGUCCUCUCAGACGAGUGCAGGGCCCGCAGUGACAUUCUGCCCCGACCCGACAGCCCUUCCCCGGAGGCCUGCCCUCUCCCCAGGAGCCACACCACGGGUCUCUGCUAACACUCCCAGAGAAGGCGGCGUCUACCUGCCUCAGAGGGUGCCUGUGAGAGGUCGCCGGGGGGGUGGUGCCGACACAGGGAACCCGACGCCAUUUUCCCCUGACCCUGCGGCCCUCAUGAGCAUCCUGCGGAAUGAGGGGGUGCGAGCAGGAGACGCCUUUCGGGGCUCUGUGUGCUCGAUGGGCCGAAGCAGCUCCAACUACCUGCCGCAGAGAGUUCCGGUCACAAAGUCUCGCCAUGCGGCAGGAGCUGCCACAGCACCCCCCCAGGCUGAGUCCACAUCUACCCGCACCCCAACAACACGGUGGACACCCCAGCGAGUCCCCAACACACGGCCACAGUCCAUGUUGAAGCUUCACCUGACCCAUCGGACACCCAUCCUAAGGCAUACCCCCAAGUUGGAAUCAAUCCAGGGCUUCAGCUCUGCUCUCAAAUCCUGCAAAGAGGUGAAUGUAGUUCAAAGGCUGUUUGAAGAUGUGGAGGAGGAGGAGGAGGUGAUCGUGCUGCAUUCUGGAGGAAAAAACACUGACUUCCAAAAAGAUGGCGCUUCAGAGCCAAAAGCUACAGUGUUUCCCUCAGUUGAGGAGGAGGCGGGGCCAGUUGAGGGGGUGGAACAGACGGCCAAGCCCUCCGAGCCUCAGCCCUUUGUCCAGGCAGUGCACCGGGGCUCUGUCAUAGUCUUCACCCAGGGUGGGAAGGUUCUGCAUACUCCCGGACCUGCGGAAGGCCUUCAGGUCCAGCAGGCCACCACCAGCAUGGCUCCUAGGGCCCCCCCCGUGCGCGGACAGGGGCAUGCCAGGCUGCAUGCCCUUGCUUCCCCAGGCCUGCCUUCGUGUCCUACAUUGAUUUCAGGAAUUAAAGCCGGUACUGUGCCCCCCCCACUCCGCCACUGUGCCUGUCCGUGUCUAAAACAGCUUUGUCACUCAUCACAGAGAAACUGCAGUCUCCUUAACCUUCUGGGGUCUAGGGGUGGGGAACACAUUUUCACUGACUGGGGAAUGGUCACACACUUCAUUCAAUAUCUUAAACUUAAUUCAUGGCAAAUAAAUUAUUUCUUAUAUAAUUGUUUUGGCAUUACACUCCAUCUUUAUUUUAAUGUACUUUGUAAAUAUUUCAGAUUUAUGUUAAGUUUGUAAUCUGACAUGAAA